AUGGGUCGCACGUUCCGCCAAUCAGCGCCCUGUCCUCGCGGCGCCGCUGGCAGCGCGAUUGGUCUGCCAAUCAGGACCGAGAGUCCCGGGGCUAGGGCAGCGCGGCCAGUGCGCCGCGGGAGAGGCGAGGCGCCGCAGGAUGCCGCGGAACGUGGAGCUCAAGGCGCGCGCGCGGAGCGCGUCGCCGAGCGGCUCAGCGGGGGCGCGGGCCGCGCGCUCACCCAGACCGACACCUUCCUGCGCGCGCCGCGCGGCCGCCUCAAGCUGCGCGACUGCGGGGUGCGAGCCGGGGGGGGGGUAACGGAUGGCCAGGGGCAGCUGAUAUUUUAUGAGUGUCCUGACUCUGAAGGUCCCAAACUUUCUCAUUACUCCAUCUCCCCCACAGCCGACCCUGCAGGCCUGGUGGCUGUGUUGUCAGAGGCGCUUGGAGUGCAGGGCGUGGUGAAGAAGGAGCGUCGUCUCUACAUGGUGGGACAGACCCGCGUGCACUUGGACCGUGUGGAAGGGCUGGGUGAUUUCCUGGAGCUGGAGGUGGUGCUGAGUGAGCAGCAGAGCCCCGAGGACGGCGAGCGGGUGGCCCGGAGGCUGAUGGAGGAGCUGGGGGUCCAGGAGGAGGAUCUGGUCGCUGGGGCCUACCUAGACCUUCUCCUAGCAGGAGGGAGUCCCACCUAGGAACCUGCGCCCCUGCUCAUUGUCUUUGCCCCCCACUUCCUAGCCUACACCCCACUCAUCAGCUACAUGCAACCUGAUGGGGAUUCCUGCCCCUGGGGCACAGGGAGGUAAACCUUCCGCCCCCGAGACUGGGAAAGAAUGCGACCUCCGAGGGAUGAAGCAAGAGUCCUCUGCCCUCAUCUCCCUCUGCUCGUUCUUGUGGCAGGGCCACAGAUACUGCUCUUCCCCAACCCUGCAGCUGGGUUAGCGGGGACUCCCCUCCCCUCCUCAGCCUGUCUGCAUGAGGUGGUGUUAUGGGGGGAGUCUCCUUCAGCAAGGUGGACCCCAUGCCCACCUUACCUGGGACAAGGGGCCUGAGGAGGGGCUCCCUGUCCUUAAUAAACCACCCUGGUACAACA